GGGGUUUAGCAACAGUCAAACUAGAAGUGAACACGCGUGCGAGUGCAACCGGCAGGCAGUGUGCUUAGCACAUACUAACACUAAAGGCUCAUUACAGGCGGGCGCUUUACUCUCACAUUGUAAGUAGGCAUUUGUUUCGAACCAACGUUUUUAUUAGUCCACUGUUUUAACCUUAACGUUUAUUACUUUGAGCACACAAUGGCAGAUGCGGGAGUUUCUAACGUUGAUGAACCAGCGCUUGCUAAUGGAUUGGCCGAUCUCAGAAAGAAGUCGCCGGAGCCAAUAUCGUCGAGGUUAAAAAGGAUUUUUGUGGCAAAUUUGCUUGUGAUCCUGACAGUGACCGCUGUCAUCAUUGGCAUUUUUAUUGGACUUGGCGUGCGAAACGCAAAGCUGAGCCAAGCGCAGAUCAUCUACUUCGGUUUUCCUGGAGAACUCCUAGUUCGCCUCCUGAAAAUGAUCAUCAUCCCAUUGGUUGUGUGUAGCCUCGUGUCAGGAGCCGCUAGCAUCGACCCCAAAGCCCUGGGCAAACUUGGGGGCUGGGCGAUGCUCUUCUUUUUGGUGACCACACUCAUUUCAUCAGCCAUCGGUGUUAUUAUGGCGUUUAUUAUCAAGCCUGGCUCAUCUGACGGCAUCAAACUUACAGUUGCUUCAACAGACGACCAAGUCCCUGAGGCCAAGGAGGUGGUCGACUCCUUUUUAGACUUAAUAAGAAACAUUUUUCCUGCCAACUUGGUGGCUGCUGCUUUUCAGUCUUAUGCCACUGGUUAUAAAUUUGUGAAAAACAAUAUGAAUACUACGAAUGUAACCUUGGAAAAGGUUCCAGUGGGUACAGAUGUGGAUGGUAUGAACAUCUUAGGCCUAAUAGUGUUUGCCAUGGCAUUUGGUGUAGCAUUGAGGAAGCUGGGAGAGGAAGGAGAAAUUCUCAUAAGGUUCUUUAACUCAUUCAAUGAAGCUACCAUGGUGCUGGUGUCUUGGAUCAUGUGGUAUGCUCCACUGGGUAUCAUGUUCUUAGUGGCUGCCAAGAUUGUUGAAAUGGAAGAUGUGGGAAAGCUGUUUGCCAGCUUGGGGAAGUACAUUGCCUGCUGUGUAGUUGGCCAUGCAGUGCAUGGCUUACUUGUCCUACCACUCAUUUACUUUUUGAUCACUCGGAAGAACCCCUUCACCUUCCUCCUGGGGCUGAUUACUGCUCUGGCUACAGCUUUUGGAACCUCUUCCAGCUCUGCAACGUUGCCUCUUAUGAUGAAGUGUGUGGAGGAGAACAACGGAGUAUCCAAGCACAUCAGUCGCUUCAUCCUGCCCAUCGGUGCCACAGUCAACAUGGAUGGAGCUGCCUGUUUCCAGUGUGUGGCUGCUGUUUUUAUUGCUCAGCAGAAUAACAUUCCACUCAACUUUGUCCAAGUCAUCACCAUACUAGUGACUGCCACAGCAUCCAGUGUGGGAGCCGCAGGGAUCCCUGCUGGAGGUGUGUUGACUUUGGCUAUCAUCCUGGAGGCAGUCGGAUUACCCACUGAGGACCUCUCGCUCAUUUUGGCUGUGGACUGGCUUGUUGACCGUACCUGCACAGUCAUCAAUGUGGAGGGUGAUGCUUUUGGUGCGGGGAUACUGCAGCACUUCACGGACCGCAUCAGUAAAAGAGAAGGGAUGGAGCUGAGUGAGGUGUGUUUGGGUGAGAAAGAAGGUCCCUCGAAGACUGAGGGCUCUCCACUCAUUGAAAAACAAAAUGUUGAACUGGAAGUCACUGGACCACAGCCCUGUGAGGAGUCUGUCAUGUAGACUGGUCAAAUCUUUGAUUAUUAAUGUAUCUUUCUGCACUCUGUUCUUUGCAAAUUGUGUUCUACUCCAAGGGGGAAAUAAAAUUUAGAUUUUUGGGAAGGGAAAAAAUUUAAGGCAACAUCCAUUGUGUCUCUUUUACUUCAGUUAUUUGUGAGAAGAGUCUGUCCAAAUCAACACACAAAAGUGCCAGGAGAGGAAUUUUUCAAACAGAUCUUUUUUUUUUUUUUUUUUUUCUUUUAAUUAAAUGAUUAUUUUAUUAGAAGCUCAGUCCAUCACAUUUUCUUUAUUUGUAACUGAUAUUCUUAAAUUUGUUUUCCUGUUUACUAACUUUUCAAUGGGCUGGUCCUGGGUAUUGUCUUGUGUAAAACUUUUUUGAAGUAACAAUCUGAUGCCUGAUGAGAGAAUGAAAUCUGCUUGUUAAUAGUUUUCUCAACACCUCUCUUGUCUGUAAUGGGUUCUUUCAAGGCUGCACAUAAGAACUGCACCAAAUAAAGCUGAACUUGACUGUAAAGACUGCAUCACUCCUGUAAGGAAAAAAAACUAGAAUCAGUUUUGUUCUCACAACUUCAGUAAAGUCUUUACUUCUUUAAAUUGGAUUAUUUCUAUUCUCAAAAAUGACACUAAAAACAUCAAGUGUGUUUAAUGUAUUUUUUUAAGAUGUGCUUUUUUGUAUAAUUUAAUUUUAUUGUAUUUUCCCAUUACUUUUUGUACAGGUGUGUUAAAUAUACACUUAGGGAAAAAAGGUACUGUACUGUCACUGGUGUGGUACCCUCAAGGGUAUGCCUUCAGUACUUUUAGUUAAGGAACAUAAUUAUACCAUAUUCCAUUGCAGUUAUGUUUGUUAUACUGAUUUGUCUCUGAACUUUUUUUAUUACAUUAAAUAUUUAUUCUUUUAUUGUAAUAUAUUAGAUUAUGAAAAGAUACAAAUACCUAAAUCUGUCCUAAUUAUCCCCUAAUUAUUGUACACUGUUGUACCUUUUAAUAGUACAUUUACAUUGUGUGUAUCUUGCUGAAUAAAAAAUGUACCUGUACAGUACCUUUUUUCCUGAAAGUGUAUAUUGAGCUUUAUCUUUUUCAAAGUAACCUAAAUAACCUCUCAGUGACUUCUCUUCAAUACAAAUGACUGUUUUACAUUUCCUACUUUUAGGUGCACUCCUGCCGUUUUUUUUAAACUAACGAUUCUUCUGUAUCACAUGCUGGCUUUAAACUGACAGAAGCUUAUUGCUGAUUGCCGUACAAAUAUUCAUUAACAGGCUGAUGGAUCUCAAAACAUCUCAAGUUUCAAAACACCCAUGUUACUAUUACUGAUAAUAGUGCUUUUUUGCAAUGUGUGUAUUUUUCUACAGACACAGCAACUGUACCUCCAAUUUUAGCCUGUAGUCAGUACUGUUCAGGGAUGCACAUAUGUACCAAAGUGUCUACCUUUCUUUUGUCUCUUUGUUCUCAUUUCAGUCAGUCAUUGUUCAGUGUAUAUUAUUAUGUAUAAUGAUUUAAUUACUCUUCUGCAUGUAUCAUAAAUGAUCACUGGGUUUUAGUAGUUAAAAUCGAAAACUCUGAAAUGUGUCAUAAGAGCUAAGUAUGUAUGCAGUGGUCUUAAAGGCUUCUCAUUCCAAAAUGUAGUUCAGUAGACUAUGCCGAGUUGUAUGUGCAACAGUUGGUGAUUGUAUUGUGGCUGGAGCCAAAGAAAGUGUGUUGCAGAGUGGCUUGAGAAUAAAAUAUUUUGUAUUUUA